UAUAUAAGCAAAGGUUUUUAGCAAAACUACAAACAGUUUAUCAAAGUUUAAUCUAGCAAAAUGUUCAAAAUUUUCGUCUUGACCGCUCUCUUGGCUUUCGCCUAUGCCGAUAACAUCAACAAGGAUGCCGAAGUUUUGAGCUUCAAAAAUGAUCCCGCCGAUGCUGAAGGAAAUUAUGCCUACGCCUUUGAGACCAGUAAUGGUAUUCAACAACAAGAAGCUGGCAAUCCCGCUGGUGUAGCUGGUUCCUAUGAAUUCGUAUCGCCUGAAGGUGAAAAAUUCUACGUUAGCUAUACCGCUGAUGAAAAUGGUUUCCAACCCGUUGGUGAUCAUUUGCCCACACCACCACCUGUACCAGAGGCCAUCCUUAAGGCUUUGGAAUAUAUUGCUUCCCAUCCUCCAGCUGAUGAUACAUACAGACAGUAAAUUUAAG